AGAGCGCGUGAAAGGAUCAGAAUGCGGAUCGAGUACGCCGGUUUUUGCGAAAAGUUGCCAACAAAUUGUUGAACAAAAAAUUAAAAAAAAAUUAAAUUUCAAAUAUCUGUUUAUCGAUACAUACCCGUGUUUAUUUACCAACUAAAAUGUGAGCACAGCAGUUCCAAGCAAUUAAACCCACAAAGGAAACAGAACGCAAAUCAGGCUCUUGUGGCGCCAUUUAUUUGCAUAAUUAAAGACGUUCGGUUAGAUGGUGGGCGCGAUUAGGAGUCGUUCAGAUGAUGCCAGCUUCUGAUUAGCAGUCAUCCAACACGAACAAAAAGGGAGUAUUCAGGACGUAAUGAUGCAGGAAACCAGCAGUCACCUGGCUCCGGCCGAGCUGCAUCCUCGGCUACCAUUCAACGCGACCGUUCUGAAGGACUACAAGCUGACCAGCACCGAUGUCGAGAAGUUCAUCAAGUUUUGGCAGGAAUACCAGAUGAAGAACAUGUCGUCCCAGGCUGAUGAGUGCCAGGGCUAUUGUCAAGGCGAAAUCUACAACUGGCUGCGAGCCUACAACAGCAUCCAUGGCUACGUAUCCCUGAUGAUUUGCAUAUUCGGGACAAUAGCAAACAUCUUGAACAUAAUGGUCCUGACCAGAAAGGAAAUGGCCAAGACGCCCAUAAAUAAUAUCCUCAAGUGGUUGGCGGUGGCCGAUAUGUUUGUGAUGCUGGAGUACAUACCCUACACGUCCUAUCAGUACAUCUACAUGCGACCGGGUGAAAAGGACCUGAGCUACACCUGGGCGGUUUGUCUGCUGGUGCACAUGCACUUCACCCAGAUCCUGCACACGAUCUCCAUUGGCUUGACCGUGACGCUGGCCGUGUGGCGGUACGUGGCCAUCAGACAUCCGAACGGGGGCUGUGCCAACUUCCUGCUCGCACAUUCCCGGGAGGCGAUCCUCCUGCCCUUCAUCCUGUCGCCGAUCCUCUGUCUGCCCACGUACUUCGUGUUCCAGGUGCGGGAGACCUACGACGUGGACAAAGUCAACUCGGAGGCCAUGUACCACGUGUACUUCGACAAGGAUUCGGUGCUCUACAGGUUUAAUUUCUGGAUACAUUCCGUGCUCAUCAAGCUUCUGCCAUGUGGCAUUCUGAUUGUGAUCAGUGCAGUGCUCAUGCACGUCUUGUGCGAGGCCUCGAGGCGUCGGCUAAAGCUACGAGACUAUAAUAAUCCCGCCAAAUAUGCCAUCCAGCUUAACCUGAACGAAUCCAAGUCCAAAAAGCCACCGCGCUGUGAUCGUCGCAAUGAUCGCACCACCCUUUUGCUGGUGGCGGUACUGGUUCUGUUUCUGAUCACCGAAUUUCCGCAGGGAUUACUGGGUCUGCUGUCCGGCGUGAUGGAGAAGUGCUUCUUCGCACACUGCUAUCCGCCUUUUGGGGAAAUCAUGGAUCUGCUGGCCCUGAUCAAUGCAGCCGUGGGAUUCGUGCUGUACGGACUGAUGUCGAAGCAGUUCCGCACCACCUUCCGCUCCCUCUUCAUGAAGCGGCACUUUGGCAGCACCGAGAUGACCCGCUUGACCCGGGUCACCACGACCUGCGUUUAAUUUGCAUUGGGAGGGGUGUCUCGAAGAUGUGAUUAUGCCAUGGAGCAAGAGAUGGUGACUCCUAGCUAGGUGGAGGACAUCAAAGAUGUUCCUGUCCAGCUCCAUUUGAAUUUUCUAAAUUAUAAACUUUAUAAAAGUUUCGUUAUCUGGAGUAACACAAAGGGGAAACUGUGAGGCGCGGGAUUUAUAUACAUAUAGGUAUACUGGCUGAUGGCAACGAUCGGUUAAAAAUUAAUUCUGCUUGUGAUUUGGCUGUUUUAAAAAGUGCCACUUCAUUUCCAAUUAAACUACGGCCUAAGAUUUAUUCGUUAA